GGAAAAACAGAUUCCGAGCCGCAAAAGGGAAGACGGAUUCUCAGACAAGGCUUGCGAAUGCCCCGCAGCCGUCAUUUAACUGCGCCCGCAGAACAGUUACGGUUUGUCACCCGACCCUCCCGGAUCGCCUAAUUUGUCCCUAGUGAGACCCCGAGGCUCUGCCCGCGCCUGGCUUCUUCGUAGCUGGAUGCAUAUCGUGCUCCGGGCAGCGCGGGCGCAGGGCACGCGUUCGCGCACACCCGCGCACACAUGAACACGCGCAAGAGCUGAACCAAGCACGGUUUCCAUUUCAAAAAGGGAGCCAGCCUCUACCGCGAUUGUAGAAGAGACUGGGGUGUGAAUUAGGGACCGGGAGGCGUCGGAGGAACGGUUCAUCUUAGAGACUAAUUUUCUGGAGUUUCUGCCCCUGCUCUGCGUCAGCCCUCACGUCACUUCGCCAGCAGUAGCAGAGGCGGCGGCGGCGGCUCCCGGAAUUGGGUUGGAGCAGGAGCCUCGCUGGCUGCUUCGCUCGCGCUCUACGCGCUCAGUCCCCGGCGGCAGGAUCCUGGACCCAGGCGCCGCCGGUGGGCGUGAGGCGCCGGAGCCCGGCCUCGAGGUGCAUACCGGACCCCCAUUCGCGUCUAACAAGGAGCCUGCGCCCCAGAGAGUCCCGGGAGCGCCGCCGGUCGGUGCCCGGCGCGCCGGGCCGUGCAGCUACGGCCGCGGCGGAGCUCCGAGCGGCGGUAGCGCCCCCCUGUAAAGCGGUUCGCGAUGCCGGGGUCACUGUGAACCCUGCCGCCUGCCGGAAUACGCUCCGCUCCGGACCAGCUCAGCCUGUGAUACGCUGGACUCGGCGCGCCCGCAGCAAGCACCGAGGAGUCAAGAGAGCCGCAAGCGCGGGGAAGGCCUCCCCGCACAGGUCGGGGAAACCGGCCGGUGCAGCGCGGGGACACGCACUCGGGCUGGCACUGGCUGCUAGGGAUGUCGUCCUGGAUAAGGUGGCAUGGACCCGCCAUGGCGCGGCUCUGGGGCUUCUGCUGGCUGGUUGUGGGUUUCUGGAGGGCCGCUCUCGCUUGUCCCACGUCCUGCAAAUGCAGUGCCUCUCGGAUCUGGUGCAGCGACCCUUCUCCUGGCAUCGUGGCAUUUCCGAGGUUGGAACCUAACAGUGUAGAUCCUGAGAACAUCACCGAAAUUUUCAUCGCAAAUCAGAAAAGGUUAGAAAUCAUCAACGAAGAUGAUGUGGAAGCUUACGUGGGACUGAGAAACCUGACAAUUGUGGAUUCUGGAUUAAAAUUUGUGGCUCAUAAAGCAUUUCUGAAAAACAGCAACCUGCAGCACAUCAAUUUUACUCGAAACAAAUUGACGAGUUUGUCUAGGAAACAUUUCCGUCACCUUGACUUGUCUGAACUGAUCCUGGUAGGCAAUCCAUUUACAUGCUCCUGUGACAUUAUGUGGAUCAAGACUCUCCAAGAGGCUAAAUCCGGUCCAGACACUCAGGAUUUGUACUGCCUGAAUGAAAGCAGCAAGAAUAUUCCCCUGGCAAACCUGCAGAUACCCAAUUGUGGUUUACCAUCUGCAAAUUUGGCCGCACCUAACCUCACUGUGGAGGAAGGAAAGUCUAUCACGUUAUCCUGUAGUGUGGCAGGCGAUCCGGUUCCUAAUAUGUAUUGGGAUGUUGGUAAUCUGGUUUCCAAACAUAUGAAUGAAACAAGCCACACACAGGGCUCCUUAAGGAUAACUAACAUUUCAUCUGAUGACAGUGGGAAGCAAAUCUCUUGUGUGGCAGAAAAUCUUGUAGGAGAAGAUCAAGAUUCUGUCAACCUCACUGUGCAUUUUGCACCAACUAUCACAUUUCUCGAAUCUCCAACCUCAGACCACCACUGGUGCAUUCCAUUCACUGUGAAAGGCAACCCCAAACCAGCGCUUCAGUGGUUCUAUAACGGGGCAAUAUUGAAUGAGUCCAAAUACAUCUGUACUAAAAUACAUGUUACCAAUCACACGGAGUACCACGGCUGCCUCCAGCUGGAUAAUCCCACUCACAUGAACAAUGGGGACUACACUCUAAUAGCCAAGAAUGAGUAUGGGAAGGAUGAGAAACAGAUUUCUGCUCACUUCAUGGGCUGGCCUGGAAUUGACGAUGGUGCAAACCCAAAUUAUCCUGAUGUAAUUUAUGAAGAUUAUGGAACUGCAGCGAAUGACAUCGGGGACACCACAAACAGAAGUAAUGAAAUCCCUUCCACAGACGUCACUGAUAAAACCGGUCGGGAGCAUCUCUCGGUCUAUGCUGUGGUGGUGAUUGCGUCUGUGGUGGGAUUUUGCCUUUUGGUAAUGCUGUUUCUGCUUAAGUUGGCAAGACACUCCAAGUUUGGCAUGAAAGGCCCAGCUUCCGUUAUCAGCAAUGAUGAUGACUCUGCCAGCCCACUCCAUCACAUCUCCAAUGGGAGUAACACCCCAUCUUCUUCAGAAGGUGGCCCAGAUGCUGUCAUUAUUGGAAUGACCAAGAUCCCUGUCAUUGAAAAUCCCCAGUACUUUGGCAUUACCAACAGUCAGCUCAAGCCAGACACAUGGCCCAGAGGUUCCCCCAAGACCGCCUGAUAAUAAUUUGGUAUUUGGAGGCUCCUGUGUCACUGCAGGAACUAAAGGAGGCUAAAUCCAUGCCUGAUGGAGGAGAAGAGUUCUAUGGUUAUCUGCAAAUUCUGGCCAGACAAGAUCUUGACGUCACUCCUUAGCUUCCAUAACCUAGCCAAGCAAGAAGUUGCCUUUCCAAGACAAAGCAGUGUGCUCUAAUGACUAACCCCUCAAAGUACUAUGCCACUUUAACUAUAGACCCAUCUCCUCGAUCAAUCAGGAUGGCAAGAUGGAGCUGAGGAGCUCAGCAACAUCAAGUCUGGAGUUGGUCUUUAAUUCAACUAGCUCGUUUAGACGUGUCUGAACACCACGUCACCUGACAGCACGGGGUGGUUUCCCAGUAAAAUUUACAAACUCGGCUCAAGGGCAGCUGUGUGUUGCUUUCCUUUCCUUGCCUGCUGAGAAAGGUUUUGACAGGGAACGAUGGAAACACACCUUCUGAGCUGAAACAAACCAACAGAAACAAAACAUACUAACCAGCAAAAACCCCAAAUCAUCAAUCUUGGGUUCUCUCGAAGGGUGGGAGUGCGUUUUAUCUUCUCCCGUCGGAGCAAACACGAUAGAUGUCCUCCCUAAAAUUGUGUCUUCCCUAGAGCAGCCUUGUAAAUUAGCUAGGGUCCUAGGCUUGAGGCCUAAAUCGACUUAAAAUUGUCUCUAAAUAUGGACCUGGAUGUGUUUGUACUUGCAGAGCAUGCCCUCUUCGUGUGCCUAGGGCUAGUAACUCCCUGUGGCAGAGGCAUAUAAAGUAUUCUGACUUUUUUUUUUUUUCAAUUUAAUUCCAUUUCCAAUGAAAUGGAUUUUUAAAAAUUUUCUCCAGAGUGUGCCAUACUUCUCCAGCUAUUGUAGUUAAUGUGCGUGUUUCCUUGUGUAUAUGUGUGUUUGUGUGCGCGUAUGUGUUUUCCUAGUGGUCACAUGCUUGUUAGGCAAUUAUGUAGAUACGCACAGAUUCGUAAACCAGCUAGGCCUGAGGAAAGAAGACCUUAUAAAAGGAGGGAGUAUUUUAACAGUAGCUAAAGCUAUCACACAAAGCACCCAUUCUGCUCCCCUCAACAGCCACAGCCCACUUCGUCAUUGUCUUACCAAUAAGGGGAAAGGAUGGAGGUGAUGUUUUUCACAGAACCACAGAGGUUUUGAACAUAUUUGCAAUAGUACUUUGAGUACACAUGAGCAAAAAUUCUGAAUUACAUCCAGGACCCAGAAGCUCAUUAGAUCAAAGAGUGCGGGGCCCUUCAGAGUUACUGGAGAUUAUCUUCAGACUUCAGUGCAAUCGAAUGACCAUGGUCCAUUUUGAUGGUCAGAGAUAGGACUGAUAAAAGGGUAGAAACAGUUGCUUUAGCACUUUCUUCUGUACUUUGCCUAUUAAUGUUUUGUCUUUCAAAAGUAUAUUUUCUUCUAAUUGUUUAAUUGGCCAAAUAAUGACUGCUUUGGGAGUUGUUCGUAUGCCUUGGAAGGCCAUGGCCUGCACUUUAAAAAUAAGCUAAGUCCAUUCUGCCCAGCGUGAGCAUUAGGACAGAGAAUGCAGUUAUUUUAGGAUCCUUAAAAAUUGCUUCUUUUAUGGCACACUGGGUUGACGACUCAUCUCGUGGGAGCCUUCAUGGUACAUUGCUGCUGUUUUGCAGGUCCCAGUACAAUUCUUUCCUCCUCUCAGUGCCAUGCCCCCCCCAUUGCUAGCUACAACAAUUUGAUGUCAUAUUCCAUUUUCAACUCCAAAGGAGAUGGUAAGAAGCUAUCAAAUAAUGCUUUAAAAAAGCAACUUCAGUUUCUUAAAAGAAAGGAAAUGAAUACAUGCUGCAUAAUUACAUUUAAAAUGUAAGCCUUGUUAUUAUAAGCUGCACCGAGAUGAAGAUUUGUUAGCAAACCAGUUUCAAGCACACUCACAGUGAAGUAAAAUCAUGUUUUUAGCAUCUGACCAUUGGGUGAUAUUAUUCUUUGUUAUCAAAAAAGAAAUAUCACCCGAUUAUAGUAUUCUUAGACCUCCUAGAGAAAAUACUCCAGUCCUAAGUUUGGUGUCUGAAAAGAAAAACAAAAAUAAAGGUUAUGGAUUUAGGUCAGGGAGACACUCAGAGUGAUACUCUGAAGACUGCGUUUACUCCCUCAUCAUCGGCCAACCAAGAUGGAGUUCUGCAUCCUGCACAUAUCAGACAUUUCAGUCCAAUUUCACCAAAGCAUCAGUGAUGUUCUAGAAGCAUCCCAGCAGAUGGAGGAUCCUAAUGUAUUUGUUCUGGGUAUUUCCCAAGGCCCAGCCUGACUGGAGUGUGUGUACCAACAGGAUGAAUCCAAUCAAGCUAUGCCCCCAUUUUGGUUUUGAGUUGAUCACUCUCACAUGUGCCAGCAGAUUGUGGACCAGGACCAGCUCAGCAAACACAGUUGCAGAGUAACCUCCUACGUUGCUAAGAAGCUCCUGCUACCCAGGUGCUUUGAACAAUUGAGUGCUCCCUCUGGUUAAGUAGAGAUGGGACCACUGGAGUUUUUCUCGGAUGUGAUGCUCAAUCCUUUAGGGCAGCUAUUAUAACAAAGUGCAGGUUUCCUCCCCGGGAAGUGCAGCUUUUCUCUGUCUUUCCUAAUUCUGCCAGCCUGUGAGAGUAGCCACCAUAGCUGGGCUUCUUCUCAGAUUAAUUGUCAUGCCAGGUCUCCUUGCUGGGGAGCUGUGAUGCUGCUCUGAGGUUGAUCGCUGAGGUUGUAGUGGGUUUUUGUUUAGUUUUUCUGGAUUGUUCUUCUUUCUCUUGAAUGGCAAGAGAAGAAACAUUUUCUCUAACCCAUGGCCAGGAAGGAAAUGAGGAUAGAGCUACUUCUUAGUUCAACCUGGUUGCCACAUAAAGGAAUCUCCCUCCUUAGACUCAGCCCCUAACUGGAAGCAAGAGCCUCUGCCUCCUGAGACUGAGAGAGCAGCCCAAGGAGGAGAUGAAUCCAUUCCGUCCUUUGUUUGGGUUUGCUUCCUGUCAGGGAGAGAAUGCUGUGGCAGUUCCUGAUUUGUGGAACUUUCAUUUUUAAAACCAGGACAGUCCUAAACAGACUGCAAUGAGUUGGCCAAUCCCAGUUGGUAUAGGCCCAAUUAUUUUUGCUAGUAAGAUAGACUUGUCUUCCUCACCCAAAAUGCUUUUAAGUGCCCUAAAAUGGGUAUUUCAAAAUAAGAAUAAAUAAUACAGAUUAUAGUAGAAAACCUGGAAAAAUAAGAAACAAAGAUGAAAUGAAAAGUCCCAUGUAAUUCCACCAGUUAGAGUUAACCACUGAUAUCAUUUGGAUAUAUGGCUUUCUAGUCUUGUGGGUAUCCUUUUAAUCUCUUGUAAUAUAAAGUCUGACCAUAUAUGUCCUUGCCUUUGUUUGUACUGGACUCUGUUAAUAUUUUUAUAGUAAUGGCUCCCUUUGGGGCGAUUGUGCCAUACAGUGUGUAGGAAGCACAUUGGGUAUAUUAUUCCCAGUUUCAUAUUUUGUAUUUCCCUGGGGAUGUGCAGGGGUUAAGAGCGGGGGUCUGGCUGUAACUGGCCACGUCAGACUCUCAUAUGGUAAGUAUCACAGAGCACACGAGGCCUGUGUUAUGCACUGGAAAGACUCAGGAAAUGAGAGGCUCUCUUGUUCUGACAAGGCAGGCUGAGAGCUCUCAUUUAGGGUCAUCACUCCAGAUAACUCCAAAUGCAGUUUAUUGCUCAACUGAAGCAGAUGAUCACUUUUUGCCUCCAAGUUCUUCACCCUAGCUAGCUCCUUUCAAAGAGCUGAGUGUGCUGGAUCUUAAAGGGCCAAGCUAGUUACAUCUCAUACAUUUCCCAAUAUUUAGGGAUGCCUUCUCUUCCACUGAGGAUCCCUUGGCUAUGCAAGGACCUCUGAUGAGCCGGAGUCUCCCUUUGGUCACUCCCAGCUUUGCUUAAACUUGAUGGAGUUUGCUGUCCAGUGAUCCCCAGAUCUUUCAUCAUGAAAGCCUUCCUUCCUCUCCUGAUGUCUCAGGCCUCUAGACCUAGACUGGGGUUCUGGCAAGGAGGCUUCUAUCAAUAGUAUGAAAUCCAAUAAUAUGUUAGUGUUGGUAUUUUGCACAGUAAUAUUAAGGCUAGAUUCUAAAAAUGAGUUCAAACGAAUAAGUUUCUGUGAUGUAAGAGAUUGGAUAUGUGUGAUUUCAGAACCAAAGGCAGGGGGGAAUCCCAGAAAGAAAACAAUAAUAUAAGCCUAGUUUCUAUAUAUUAUUCUUAUUCAUUACUGUAUAUGGGUAGACAUCAAUAUUCUUUUUUAUCCUGUUACUAUUAAUUGACACAUUUUUUAACCAUGCCAUUGAACUUUUGGGUGCAUUAAAGUGGAACCUAAGCCCCUCAUUACAUAAUAAUGGCAUUUGGACUGAGUGCCAUAUUCCUAAAUUUCCAAUAAAGUGGUUGAUAUAGAGAGGACAGGAUAAAGCCCUAUGGUGUUAUAUCAAAAUAGCUAGUCUCCACUUUAGGGAAUGCCUUUACUAGAGAUUACGUGAAAGGUCUGCUUAUAAAAUAAGCAGAUAUGCCACCACUAAGCAGCCACCUGAAUUGUUUUCCUACAGGAAUGAUUAAUUUUCAGAUCCAUUUAUGUUUUAGUACUCAAUACUUACUCCCUUUCCCUGCAACACACCCAAAGGGUUUACUUUUGAAGUCAUUUGGUCUUCAGUCUACUACUAAGGAACAGAGAGGCACUAACUGCUUUACCCAGGGUCAGAACUCAUGUUCUUACCUUCUAUUAAUAGAGUACUUGAGUCAGAUGGACUAACUGGUCUCAGAUUGUCUCUAUCUUGGUUUUAUUUCCAUAAACAUCAAUAUCUUUACCCACAUGGUUUUUCUCUCCUCCCCGUUUUUUCCUUAUGUAUUAGGGUUCAGGAACUAUGAAGCUAAUGAUCACAUUUCUUCCUAGUUCCUAAUUUCAUUAGUGCCAUUUCCUAAUAUCUGCAGAAACAAUUAUCAAUACAUGUAGCUGCUUGAGCCUUAUUUAGAAGGGUAGCCUUUCUUUCCCAAGUGCUGUCAGAAUUAUACAUUUAGUCUGUCUUUUUCCCUCUUAGGAGUUUUUGUUUUGAGUUGAUGGUAAAACUCCUCUAUACAUGUGAGAUUUUUGAUUUCACUGAAUUCUACCUAGAUUUUUAUGGACAUUGGAUUUGAAAGAGGAAAACACUCAUUUUCUUAGUAAGAUAUUGGUGAUACAUAGCUACGCUGCUGACUUCCAAACUCCUGAGCUUUGGGGAGGGCGACAGUGGCCAAGUAGCAGGCAGAAUAAGAUCAUCACUCAUGUCCUGAAUCACACUUUCCCUCUCGGGUAGUGUAUAUGUUCUGCCACUUCCUACAUAUUACAUCCUGAAUUUUUAAGUAAAGUGGAUCUUAGCCAGAUUUGAGUCUAAUGGCUGAUUCAUCGGCAUUGUUCUUGGCGUUAACAUCUCAGUGCCCUCUUUUGUUUUCUUUGAGAGGAUUCAUGUCAUUGAGGGCCUUUGUGCCUCCUCUUGUCUCGGUGUGAGGAAGAGCUUUGGUGUGAGGGCAGAGCUAUGUAAAGGGUUGCUGGGUUGGGGGAUUAGUUCAUAUGGUCCCCACACCAUCUAUCUACUUUUGGAGAGAGGGGACUUUGAGUGGGUGGGUAUGGAUUGAUGUUCCUCAAGGAAACCCUGCUGGCCAAUGGGCACUACAUCUGUGUAUUACUGUGAUUAUCUCUGUAAGCUCCCCAUGUGGCCAAGGACCCUCCUCCUACCUGGGCACUUCCUGCUGCCUUAUUGCACUAGUCUCAGCCGUUCAGCCCGCUGCUGCUCCACCAUGUUGGGCUGUGGUAGGAUAGGGAAGGGGUUCUCUUGAUUGCUAAAGGUUGCCUAACUUUAUUUCCCUCUUCCACAUUUCAUGCAAGAGAGUGGACCUAACACAUGACUUGCGUUCUCUUCCUAUGUUCAGAAACUCCAGGGCUUGCCACGUGUAUGUAUGAGUGACCAAUGGAACUUGGAAUUCUUUAUCUAUAUGAUCUAUUUGAAAAUGAGACUUUUGUACUGGAAUUUGUGAUGUAGUUGAUCAUUCAGAGCCAAACGCAUAUACCAAUAAAGACAAGAGUGUCAUAU